AUGAAGUCGGCGGUGAGCGCGCGUGGUGGAGUGUCUGGCGGCCGCGGGGGUGGCUGCUGGGGCGGAGGGCGAGGAGGCGGAGGAGGAGGGGGCAAAGGAGGAGGCGGGGGCAAAGGAGCAGGAGGCGAUGGCGGCGGCCCGGGGGGCAAGGGCGGCUUCGGAGCGCGAACACGCGGCUUCGGAAGCGGCAGGGGCCGGGGGCGUGGUGGCGGAGACGGCAGGGACCGCGGAGGCGGCGGGCAGCGGCGUGGCGUGGCCAAGAGCAAGAACCGCCGCAGGAAGGGCGUCACGACGGUAUCCGUGGAACCGCACCGGCACGAGGGGGUCUUCAUCUACCGCGGGGCGGAGGACGCUCUGGUCACACUGAACAUGGUGCCCGGCCAGUCGGUGUACGGCGAGCGGCGGGUCACGGUGACCGAGGGCGGCGUGAAACAGGAGUACCGCACGUGGAACCCCUUCCGCUCCAAGCUGGCCGCGGCCAUACUGGGCGGGGUCGACCAGAUUCACAUCAAGCCCAAGUCCAAAGUGCUGUACCUGGGUGCCGCCUCGGGGACCACCGUCUCCCACGUCUCCGACAUCAUCGGCCCUGACGGCCUAGUCUACGCGGUCGAGUUCUCCCACCGCGCUGGCCGCGAUCUGGUCAACGUGGCCAAGAAGAGAACCAACAUAAUCCCAGUCCUCGAAGACGCCCGGCACCCCCUCAAGUACCGCAUGCUCAUCGGGAUGGUGGACGUGAUCUUUGCCGAUGUGGCCCAGCCAGACCAGUCCCGCAUCGUGGCUCUGAAUGCCCACACCUUCCUGCGCAACGGGGGCCACUUCCUCAUCUCCAUCAAGGCCAAUUGCAUCGACUCCACCGCAUCUGCCGAGGCGGUGUUUGCUUCUGAGGUGAGGAAGUUGCAGCAGGAGAAUUUGAAGCCUCAAGAGCAGCUGACCCUGGAGCCCUAUGAGAGGGACCACGCUGUGGUCGUCGGGGUCUAUCGGCCCCUUCCCAAGAGCGCCAACAAGUAGCAACCCAGCUCGGGCUGUCCCUGAGAUAAUGCCUAAGGCUGUGCUG